AUGGGGGUGCAGGUUGGUAAGUAGGCACCAGUCUUUGUUUGGUAGCAACGGUGGUGAAACUGGUACCUGUGUGCUGCGUGAGCAUGAGCUGGUAGGUAGCUAUGGUUUUUAAGGUUGGGGUAGCAUAUUUGGUGUUUGUUGGCGGAACUACUAAAGGGAGUUGUUUGAGAAAUGUGAUAGUCCAAGAUGUAUGGAAGGAUAUUCUGGGGUGUAACAAGUUGUACACUACUAUAAUGAAAUUUCAUCUGCUGUAUGUUGGAUCAUCAUAUGUCUCAUUGGGUCAUAAGAAGUCAAUGCUACCUCGCGUGGUGAUAUCUGGGGGUAAAAAGAAAAAUAAGAUGCAGGAAAUUAAAGCCGUCAUGACAGCCAGCCCAUCGAGAAACGCCCCCAGGCAGAACCCAAAACCAAACAUGAACUACGCCAAAACAUGAUCCGGAAAUUCCGGUUUCCUCCAGGCACAUACAGCCCCACGGAAGAUGGGAAGAGAAAAUAGAAAAAUCCCUCCUUAACCCCUUUUAUCGUCGACCAGCAGCCAGCAACAUUAAUUGAUGAAAGCUCAGAACGCCGCAACCCGUCUUCCUGGUUGUUUAUUGUAUGAGAAAGAUGCAUGAGAAAUUGAUGGCUAGGAAAUCAAGUGCAUUA